AUGAAAGAAUGGGAUGUUGUCUUUAACAAACCAAGAGCAACAAUAGUGUCUGAACAAGAAUGUAGACAGAAACUUAAGAAAAUAAAAGUUGUACAAGUUGGAAUGAAGAUGUUAGAUGCUUGGGAUAUCUUAUUGUCAAAGUUAGAAGAUUUUUCAGUUCGAGGUAUAAAGUUCUAUACACCUUCUCCAAACUUCUAUUCUAUCUUCACUGGAUAUAAAUAUGAACAAGUAGAAUGGAAAGAAAAUAUUAUAGAAGCUUGGUUAGACCAUGUCAAAGAAAUUAUAUGCAAUGGAAACGAAAGAGUCUAUGAGUAUAUCUUAUGUUGGUUUGCAAACAUCUUACAACAUCCAAGUGCUAAAAAUGAAACUGCUCUCAUUAUAAUU